AGCGUUGGGGGCGGAGGCGGCCUUUAAACCCAGCGUCCGAGGAGCUCGGGGCCAGGAGAGGCCUGACUCCCUUCUCUCCUCCGGGGCCAUGGCGGGCGGCGAGGGUCCCUUGGCGGGGCGCGUGUGCGUGGUGACGGGCGCCUCCCGGGGCAUCGGGAAGGGCAUCGCGCUGCAGCUCUCGGCGGCGGGGGCCACGGUCUACAUCACGGGGCGGAACCGGGAGGCGCUGGAGGCGGCGGCGGCGGAGGUGCGGGCGCGGGGCGGGAAGUGCGUGCCGGUGUCGUGCGACUCGUCGAAGGAGGCGGAGGUGGCGGCGCUGUUCGAUCGCGUGCGGGCGGAGCAGGGCGGGCGGCUGGACGUGCUGGUGAACAACGCCUUCUCCGGGGUGGGCGCCCUCACCGCCGAGGCCGGCAGGCCCUUCUGGGAGGGCGCCUCGCCCGCCGCCCUCUGGGACCAGGUCAACGGCGCCGGGCUCCGCGGGCACUACCUCUGCGCCGCCCACGCCGCCCGCCUCAUGGCCCCCGCCGGCAGGGGCCUGAUGGUGGUCAUCUCCUCGCCCGGGGGGCUGCGCUACAUGUUCGGCGUCGCCUACGGCGUCGGGAAGGCCGCCUGCGACCGCUUAGCCGCCGACACCGCCGUGGAGCUGAGGCCCUUCGGCGUCGCCUCCGUCUCCCUCUGGCCAGGCCUGGUCCGCACCGAGGCCCUCGAGGAGACCGCCCAGAAGGAUCCCUCCCAGGGCUCCCCGCUUUUCAAGAAGCUGCGAGAGAAGCUGGGCGUCAUCGGGGAGUCCCCCGAAGUGAGCGGGAAGUGCGUGGUGGCCCUGGCCUCCGACCCGGGCGUCCUCCGCCACUCGGGCAAAGUCCUGCUCACCCCGGAGCUGGCCCGACGCUACCGCUUCAAGGACGUCGACGGCAGGGAGGUCUUCCACUACCUCUCCGUCCGGGAGCUCCUCUCCGAAGCCGUGCCCAGCAUGGCCCCCCUCUUCCGCCUCCUCAUCCCGGGCUUCGUCACCGUCCCCAAGUGGGCCCUCUCCCUCUACGCCAGCAAGUUCGCCGUCUACCGCCCCAUCCUGCACUCGCCCCCCAAGGCCUCCAAGAAGGACUGAGGCUCCAGCCAUCCCUGGUCCCCAGGCGCAGCUCUUCAAGGGAUGUUUCUUUUUGGGACUUCAUGGCCCAGAAUCCCAGGCUGAGGCCUCUGGGAGAUGGAGUCCAAAAGCACAGUUUGGGGACCACUGCCCUACGCUUUGACAAACUCUGCCCUUCAGCCCCCAGAAACCUCAGCCAUGUUGGCCAAUAGCCUGGGACUCUGGGAGAUGAAGCCCCAAAUCUCUUACAGGGCACAGUUUGCUGACCACUGGCAUAUCUCAAUGCUUUCUGUAACCACAGUACACAGCCUCUUUCCCUUAAAUCCUUCAAGAAGGCCCAGUGCUUGUAUUGGAGACAGUUAGGGGUAUACCUGGCAACUGCAUUGCAUAAGGUUAUGUGUAUGGGGUACAUCUCUGCUUUUUUGGUGGUUCAAGUUUACUGUGUGCCCACAUUUCCAACUGCCUUACUUUAAAUCAUCCAAAGGGGUCAAGUGUAUGUCAUACAUUCUUGCAUUCUGACUGUCCAAGUUUCCAUGCUGACAUUCCUUGGGCAAGAAAUUGUUUCCUCUCAUUUGCAGGGAGGGAAUUUACACGUUUGAAAACUGCUUUGGAAUUUUCCAAUGAAACGAGACGUUUGCUGGAAGCAUGUUUUCUCAAGUUUAAAGAAACUGAUGCCUCUGUAGUAUUUCUUUUUUUCAUGUUGGCUAGAAAACAGUAACUUUAAUGCUAUAUUCUGUUAUUAGUCCAAUCUUGAAGCUUUGGCUGUAUCUUUCAUGUAUUUGAAAUGUGUCCAAACAAGCUGGGAUGCACUAUUUUGCUAUUAAAUAUACUUGGUUUGGCA